CUAGCUCCUCACUUCUCCGGAAAAGGCUCAAAUCUCACCCGCUCGCUAUCCUUCUGCAAAUUUUCCACAUGAAUUCAUUACUGGAUAAGAUAAAGAUGCCGAAGAAGGAAGCGGAGGGCGGGAAUUCUCCGCCGCCGGAAACUCCGGUGUUUUGGGUUGAGACUUCGAAUUCUGUAUCUCGCCGCUUCGUGUUCGAAUCCGAUGGUCACCUAUCUGUAAAGGUUCUUGAUGAUUCUAGAUCUGGUGUGCAGAAAGUGGUUGAAUCUUUUGUAAACAAAUUCUUCCCUACGGGGUAUCCAUAUAGUGUUAAUGAAGGCUAUCUUAGAUACACACAGUUUCGAGCAUUGCAACACUUCUCCAGUGCAGCUUUAUCUGUACUUUCGACUCAGUCUUUACUAUUUGCUGCAGGCUUAAGAGCUACACCUGCACAAGCAACUGCUGCAAGUUGGAUACUCAAAGAUGGGAUGCAACACGUGGGAAAGAUUAUCUGUAGCAACUUAGGGGCAAGGAUGGAUUCUGAGCCUAAAAGCUGGCGAGUUUUAGCUGAUGUUCUCUAUGACUUUGGCAUUGGUUUAGAAGUUUUGUCUCCUUUAUGUCCUCAAUUGUUUCUUCAGAUGGCCGGCCUUGGCAAUUUCGCAAAGGGAAUGGCAGUUGUUGCAGCAAGAGCAACAAGAUUACCAAUAUAUUCAUCAUUUGCCAAAGAAGGCAAUCUUAGUGACCUUUUUGCAAAAGGGGAAGCCAUAUCCACACUGUUUAACGUUCUUGGAAUUGGUGCUGGGAUUCAAUUAGCAUCCACUAUCUGUUCAUCAACGCAAGGAAAGAUGGUUGUGGGACCCCUCCUUGCCGCUAUACACAUCCACUGUGUUACCGAAGAAAUGAAAGCUACUCCUGUCAACACACUGAACCCGCAACGGACUGCAUUGAUUGUGAAGAACUUUGUUAAGACAGGAAAAGUGUCUAGCCCAGCCGACUUACGGUAUCAAGAGGAUAUCUUGUUUCCUGGGCGGAUGAUAGAGGAUGCUGGGAAUGUUAAGGUGGGAAGAACUCUGAGCAAAGCCAUUCGGCCUUCCCACCUGCAACACCUCAAAGAGGCUUUCCCUGAAGAAAAGUUUCUCUUGUGCCGCGGGCCAAAAUCCACAGACAUGAUAUUGGAGCACAAUGCUACUGGGGAAGACGCGCUGAGGGGAUGGCUGGUUGCUGCGUAUGCUUCGGCUAUGGAGAAAUCACUUCACGGCUCGGGCGAAAAUGUGGUGCAAGAGGCUUACGAGAAGAUGAAUACUGUUUUCAUUCCAUUGCUAUCUGAGCUGCAGGCCAAAGGGUGGCAUACCGACCAGUUUCUUGAUGGUAGAGGAAGUCGUUUUGUCUUGAGGUGUCAUUCAAGUCUAUAGAUUAGGUAUUUGCAUCUCAAGCAAGUAUAAGAGGUUAUGCUUGUUGGGAAAUUUGAUGUCUUUGGACACAUCUUUCAAACACGAAGGUCAUUUAUAUAUUGAAGGGGAUUGUAUUCUCUUUUUUGAUUAAUUAUUUUUUUUCUCAGUAAUGGGUAAACAGAGAAGACUAAAAUAAUAGUGAAACAUUGAA